AUGGCCAGCAUGGAGGGCGGCAUUGCCUUCGACUCAGAACCAACCACUUCUGCUUCUGACUCUGGCUCUGAGGACGCUGCUAUCUCGUCUUCCGACUCGUCUGAAGAGAAGACCACCGCCACCACCAUGACCACUACCGACUCCGCUCCCUCUGCUACUGACAACAUCAGCGACAGAGCCAUCUCAACAGCACCUCAUUACCAGGAUCUCCUCGCAGCAUGCCGCGAGAACCGUCGCGCUGAUCUCGAGGUCUUGAUCAACAAUCGACGCGCAAACAACAAUGAAGUGUGCAGAUACACCCUGGGCGCUCUGCUCAAAGAAGCUGUCUCGCACGACUCCGCAGACAUUGUUGCAUUCUGCCUCCAGCAAAAUGCAAUAGUAUAUGAGGAUUCUCUCCUGUGGACUGUCUUUGCGAAGGACGCAUUUGCCAGUUACUCCGUCCUCAUCCAGCACAGCGCGAUAGACCCAAACCGUGUUCUUCCCUGUUACGGCGAUUUGCUUGGAGUAUUGAUCGUGGAGAAUAAACUUGAAGGAGUCCGUUGUUGUUUGGAGAAUGGGGCGAAUCCUAAUGAGAAUCUUCUGGAGGAGUAUAAAACGGCACUGGCUGCGGCGGCGGAGAGAGGGAAUGUCGCUAUGGUGGACCUGCUACUCGACCAUGGGGCUUGGACUAAGGACAGUGGUGCUUUGGUCCUUGCUGCUGAGUCGGGGCAUACGGAGAUGGUGCGGUUUUUACUUUCGAAGGGGUUGGAUAUCAACGAGAUGGGUGUUAAGGGGCCGCUAGGGGAUGAGGAGUUGGAGGAGAUUGGGACGGCGCUUCACAAGGCAAUUUCCAACAACCUCACAACCGGCCUCAAAGAUGGAGGAGGGGACACAGUCAAGUCAGACCCCGGUUUUAUGACUCGAAAGAAAGAAUACGGCGAAAACCAACUUCCCCCAAGGAAGCGCAAGACAUUCUGGCAUUUCGCAUGGAUGGCAUUCAAUGAUAAAAUGAUGAUCCUUCUGACUGUUCUGGCAAACGUCGAUCUGACACUGGGAAUCUAUCAAUCAAUCAGUGCGGCGCCGGGGGAGCCCGACGUCCAAUGGGUGGAAGGUGUUUCGAUCAUCGUUGCUGUUGUGGUUAUUGUCCUAGCGACUGCCAUUAAUGAUUUCCAGAUGGAUUGCAAGUUCCGCUUAUUAAACCAGAAAAAGGAGGAGCGAGAUGUAAUAGUCGUCAGGUCGGGGCGGGCGCAGCAGAUAUCUAUUCAUGAAAUUGUCGUGGGUGAUCUUGUUCAUCUAGAAACGGGGGAUGUGAUUCCUGCCGAUGGGAUUCUGAUACACGGUUUCAGCGUUCAAUGCGAUGAGUCGUCUGCCACGGGAGAAUCCGACUUGAUUGAGAAGACACCUGCUCUGAAGACGAAUAUUGACGACAGCUCGGGUUACGACCCAUUCAUGCUGAGCGGUAGCAAAGUCUCCAGCGGCGUCGGCACAUCCCUGGUCACCUCUGUCGGAGAGAACUCGAGCUUCGGAAAAAUUCUCAUGUCCCUGCACAGCGAAGUAGAAGAAACACCACUACAGCAAAAGCUCGGGGUACUUGCGGAAUACAUCGUCCACGUUGGCCUGAUCGUCGGUGGCUUAUUCUUCCUCAUCAUUUUCAUUCGGUAUCUCGUGCACUUAAAAGGUAUUGAAGGUGGGCCCAAGGAAAGGGGCAAGAGUUUUCUUAAUGCCUUUAUUUUGGCGAUCACAGUUGUCGUUAUUGCUGUUCCGGAGGGUCUUCCGCUAGCCGUGACAAUGUCGCUGGCGUAUGCAACUGCCAGGAUGUUGAGGGAUAACAAUUUGGUUCGGCUACUUAAGUCAUGCGAGGUCAUGGGAAAUGCCACUACUAUUUGUUCCGACAAAACGGGGACAUUGACUCAAAAUAAGAUGACUGUCGUCGCUGGUCGUGUUGGCACCUGUUCACCUUUUUCGGACGAGAAUACCGCUCCUGGGACUGGUAUCAAGGCUGAUGCCGUGUCCUUACGCAGUGCAAUGACUUCUUUGUCUGGAUUAACUCGAGAAUUGAUCAAGGAUUCAGUCUUCUUCAACUCCACCGCACUCGAAAAAGGGAACGGAAAGGAGAUGCAACUAGUCGGUACCAGUACAGAGGUUGCCCUAAUUGAGUUCGCGCAAUCCAAUCUUCAAGCGGACAGCGUGAUUGAGGAGAGAGAAAGAGCGCAGAUAGUCGAACUCUUCCCAUUCAAUGCAAACAGAAAGUGCAUGGCCGUUGUUGUGCGAAUUUCGUCUGGCUCAUAUCGAAUGUUCCUUAAGGGAGCUCCUGAAAUGGUUCUUCAGAGCAGCAGUCGCAUUUUAGUGGAUUCUUACAGCGUCAUCUCCUCGCAGGGUUUACAGGACGAGAUACGUAACGUUUUGAAAGCAGAUUUGCGUGGAUUCUCAGGCAAAUCGCUCCGCUCAAUAGCUCUGGCACACCGUGACUUCAACCAUUGGCCUUCACAAAAGCUAACCGGAACCGAGUCCAACGACCUCCUCGACGAACUCCUGCAAGACAUGGUGCUAAUUGGCAUAUUUGCACUACGAGACCCGCUAAGACCAGAAGUCACUCAAUCAGUACGUGACUGCCAGUCCGCCGGGGUAAGUGUACGAAUGGUCACCGGCGACACAUUCCUUACCGCGAAAGCAAUCGCCCUAGAAUGCGGUAUCUACCAGCCAGGAGGCAUCGCAAUGGAUAGCUCAAUCUUCCGCAAGUUAUCCAAUUCACAGUUUGACAUGGUCCUGCCGCGGUUACAGAUUCUGUCCCGAUCCAGCCCUGAGGACAAACUUAGGCUUGUGUCCCACCUGAGGCGCUUGGGGGAGACAGUUGCCGUGACUGGCGAUGGGACUAAUGAUGCUCUGGCACUCAAGGAGGCAGAUGUGGGAUUUGCAAUGGGAAUUCAGGGAACUGAGGUAGCGAAGGAGGCAUCGUCGAUUAUCCUGAUGGAUGAUAACUUUGCUUCUAUUGUAAAGGCCAUGCUGUGGGGUCGGACUGUUAAUGACGCUGCAGAAAAGUUCCUGCAGUUCCAAUUCACAAUCAACAUCACUGCUGGUAUUCUCACCAUUAUCUCCGCCCUAUCCGGCGGAACAGGUGCAUCCGUUUUCACCGUCGUCCAACUCCUAUGGAUCAAUCUUAUAAUGGACACAUUUGCGGCGCUGGCACUCGCCACAGACAGGCCUACUCGUCGACUACUCAAACGUACUCCAGAGCCCAGGGGCUCUCCUAUUGUCAAGGUAGCCAUGUGGAAGAUGAUCGCUGGCCAGUCCAUAUACCAGCUCGCCGUUGUCUUUGUGCUGUAUUACGCGGGGGAGCAGUUAUUCCAUUGUAGCACGAAAGUGGAGAGGCACCAGGUACAGACGAUGACUUUUAAUAUAUACGUCUGGAUGCAGUUUUUCAAUAUGUUGAAUUCCCGAAGAGUCGACAACGGCUGGAACUUCCUCGAUGGAAUUAUACACAACUACAGCUUCUUCUUUGUCCAAGCUGUGAUUAUUGCAGGCCAAGUGCUUAUCAUCUUCAAAGGCGGCGAGGCAUUCGGGACCGUAGCGCUUACAGGAGCGCAAUGGGGCUGGUCCAUGUUGUUCGGGUUACUGACGUUUCCUGUCGGAUUCCUUGUCCGGCUUGUACCUGAUAGGAUUGUCGUGGUGUGGAAGAGGCUUAUACAUGGUUGCUUUCCGGUUUUGUUUCGUUCGAGGAGAGAGAGGGAGGACUCGUCCUCGUCCUUGGAUAAGGUGCCAACUGCCAUGGUAUCUGUGCCGAAAGGAGAUCAGUAUAUAUCGUUGAAGUCAGGUCUUGGAAGUGACAAGUCUAGGGGUGAGAGAUCCGAAAGGGACGGUUCGUUCGAUCUUGUUCGCGCCAUUGGGGGUGCGAGAUCUGGGUCUGCCCAUGGAGUACCUGGGCUUGAGGUCCAUCCUGAUACUUGUACGAAUGAUACAGUUAUAAGUCGGCGUGAGGAGGUCUGA